CUCUUGUCCUCAUCCCAGCUACACGAUGAGCGAAGAACACAUCCCCGGAGGUCUGGAUGACACCGACAAUAAUGACUUUGUUCAGGUAGAUCCGGAGGAAUCUGGCCCGCUGCAGAAGGUUUCCACCGCCAGCACUACCAGUAGUAGGAAGACACAGGAUGUAGCCUACAGACAGGCGUCCCGGACGGUGGAGGAGAGUCUGGCAGCUGGACUGUCCAACGAGGAUGUGUGGAUGUUGAUUCGACGAUUUAACAAGCAAAUCUACUAUGUCAAGGCCGCAGACAAUCCUGCCGGGUCGGACCUGGAUCUCAACCGCGCGGAAGACGAGCAAUUCCCGCCCCAGAAACUCCGCAUAACCCUGGAGCGGUUUUACACUUCGGUCAUCGUGGGCAUUACAGCCUUGUUCAGCCAUAUUGCCCGACUGCGCUCGUGGAAGGAACCCCGACGAACGGCCAGCUUUUGCGGAGUGUAUUUCGCCGCGUUGUUCCUGGACUGCCUAAUCCCGGUGAUCGUCAGCACACUGAUCGCACUGGCUCUCUCCCGAUCAGUCCGACCGAUCCUCUUCCCACUCCCUCCCGCCCCGCCGCUCGAUCCCGCUUCCGACGAUGGUGAGAUUCAGAACCAGCUCCAUGACAGCAUCACCGGUGCCCCGGAGGCCCACAAAGGCGAGGCCGCCGAACAGGAAGCCAAGAACUUUGUGAAUAGUGUUGCCAAUAUUGCCAUGGAAAGUGCGGCUGCGAAAUACGGCCAGACCGUGAUGGAACCGACUCCUGAGGAACCCUCCCCGCCGGAACCUCCUAUUCUGGAGCCUACCACACCCGAGACGCCCGGUGAGAAUGGGGCGCCUGUGGACAAGACGAAAAAGCCGAUGAAAAAGAAGAUUGCCAACGGGACCGACCAGACCAUGCGCAUCCUCAGCGAUAUCACCGAUAUUUAUGAGAAGUUCGCCAACGUUUUCUCCCCCACUCCCCCGUUCACCAUGAUCACGGCGCGUAUGCGCCUGGUCGGGAUCUUGGUGGCUGUGCUGGUGGCCUCGCGGAUGGCAUCAGGCCAUAUGAUCGUUAAAGGGGGUGCAUUUGCCGCCGGACUCGGCUUCUUUGGCGAUCCGGUUUUCUCGCGAACCUUGGACAUUUUGAACGCUAUUUACCCGAACUGGAAGGAGCAGCUGGACCUGCAGAAAACCCUGCUGAAGGGCGUCCCCAACAACGCCCAGCUCACGCUAACCCUACUACGCAUCGGAGAACUGAACGGAUCCCCCCUGCCACCCCCACCCAGCCCGCAAGACGGGGAGCUCGACUGGCCCCUCAAGAAGAAGAAGCCCAAGGCCUUACCCUCCAGCGCCAGCACCACUAGCCUUGAUAAAACCACCAGCCUGGACCGAACAUCCAGCACCGACCUCCAGCGGCAACAGACUCCCGCGUCUACCGCCCCGCCCAAGGAAAAACGCCGCCUCAUCAGCAAAAUCCUGCGCUUCGUGCGCCGCACCAUCUCAACCGCCAUCAAGGGCCACAUGGCGUUUGACCGCGCCAUGACGAUCGCAGGAAACGCGCACACGCGGAACCUCAUCGGCAUGCUGCAGAAGCGGGGGUGGGUGUCGGCCCCACACGGGCCGCUCAAGUUCGAAGCCAAGUUCGAGCGCAAGCGCGGCGCGGCUGUCAUCGAUUCGACGCUGGAGCCGCCCGUGCUGUACUUUACCACGACGGCGUCGGGUAAGCUCGACGAUGACCUCCGGUUGGAGAGCCGCAAGGAGAGCUCCGUGCUCUUCCAGAUGCCAGUUACGGAGAUCCGCGAGCUCAAGAAGACGGAGGGGCUGAGGUGGAAGAGCAAGAUGAUUGUGGAGCUCACGGCGGGGAGCAAGGAAGCGGCUGAUGGGCUGAUUGUGUCUGGUACGGAGCCGGAGCGCUCGUUCCACUUGACGGGGAUGAGGUCCCGGAAUCAGCUGUUUAAUCGGUUGGUGGCGAUCGAUGCGCAGUUCUGGGAGAGUCGUUGAUUGCCCGAUCUAUUGGGUAGUGGGCGUGGAUCUAGUUAGCAUCGAUUAGACAUGUCACAAACCUCAGGUAUAUACUACGUAGGAAUACAUAUUGGCAGGUCAAAUUGGUCCAUUUCAGCUCCACCUCUGACGCCCCCAGCCAGUACACACUCCCCCAGCGUACCGCCUGGUCAGCAUCGUCGCUUCAAGCCGUGUAUGGGUGGGGUAUGAAUCCUGC